AAACAGGGAGGUUGUGUCUCAUUACCAAUCAACUGCCAGGACUGCAGAUAUGGGAGGGGCUGUAGUUUGGAGAGAGGGUGAGGAGGGGACGCAGGUAUGACUGGUUUUGGUGACAGUUGGAAGAGAGAUUGGACUUUACACGCUGAGAGAAGACGAGAAGAUCAGAGACACAUGGACACUAUUAGAAGAUCACUGCUGAGACAGCCUUCCUCCUCUUCCAGCUCUAUCUAUCAUCGUCACUCAGUAGGAGGGGCUGAGGGUGACGAGGUGGGUGGGAUUGAGUUGAAGCUCGACCAACCAGAGUCCGAGGAGGAGCUGGAAGCGGAACCUAAAGGUGACAUCAUUGCCUUGGUGUUACGGCAACCGCUGCAUCACAGGAAGACCGUAAUCUACCUAUGUCUCUCAACACUCAUAUUCACUACAGCGUUUCUAUUGGGCUACGUGGCUUUCCGUGGGUCGUGCCACUAUUGUGGUGUUGAGGGGGAGAUGGUCCCUGCGGAAGAUAAGCCUGGAACUGACCAUGACAACCUGGUGGUGGGUAUGUACCUGGGGGAACUACGGGACAUGCUGAAAUACUUGCAAGAUGAGAAGAUAGAGAGCACUGUCAGGCGAGUCAGCAGGACGACCCACCCAUCGGGGUCCUCGGAGGGCACAACUCUGGCAGCAGAGAUACUAGAGACGUUUAAAGAUCUCCACAUGGACCACACCUGGACCGACUCACACUAUGCUACACUACAGUUCCCCUCCAGGAUCCAGAGGAACUCUCUAUGGAUGGUGGAUUUACAGGGGGAGGUGUUGGAGGAGAUUCCUCUGGAAGAUCCAGACUCCUACUGUGCCUACAGCGCCACUGGCACCGCCACGGGGGGCGUGGUGUAUGUAAAUUACGGCCGCCAGCAGGAUUUUGACUGGCUGCAGUCUGCGGGAGUGUCUGUGGUUGGCUGCGUUGUAGUGAUGCGUGUGGGGGGCGGGGUUAGUUAUGCUGAGAAGGUGCUAUUGGCUCAGAAGGCUGGAGCAGGCGGAGCCUUGAUCUAUCCAGAUCCUGCUGACAUCCCUCAGGACCCUCGACGCCUGGGGCUGAACAGUUACACCGCUAUAUCAGAACACGUCCAUCUGGGAUCAGGUGACCCCUUCACCCCUGGCUUCCCCUCCUUCAACCACACCCAGUUCCCGCCCACACAGUCCUCUGGCCUGCCUGUCAUCCCUGCUCAGCCAAUCAGUGCCAACGUAGCCUCCAAGCUACUCAGUCAGUUGACCGGUCCAGUGUGCCCGCGCGGUUGGCAGGGCCGGCUGCCAUACGUCCGUUGUGUCCUGGGGCGGGGCUUCACCUCUGCAGACGGCAGGAGGAUCAGGAUGGGGGUCUAUAACACCAUGACUCCUGUUCUACUGAACAACAUCUUCUCUUCUCUGGAGGGAAGGAUAGAACCUGACCAGUACAUUAUAAUGGGGGCCCAGAGAGAUGCGUGGGGGCCGGGGGCGGUGAAGGCCGGGGUUGGAACAGCCAUCCUACUGGAGCUGGCUCGGACAUUCAGCAACAUGGUGCAGAACGGUUUCUACCCCAGGAGGAGUCUGUUGUUUGUCAGUUGGGACGCUGGAGACUUUGGGAACGUUGGUGCCACAGAGUGGUUGGAGGGUUACCUGUCCAUGCUACACCUGAAGGCUGUGGCGUACUUCAGUCUGGACCAGGCGGUUAUGGGUGAUGAUAACCUGUCGGCCUACACUAGUCCUCUACUGCUCGAUCUAAUAGAAUCAGCCAUCAAACAGGUGGAGCAUCCUAAACACACAGGCCAGACCAUCUACAGCCAGGCAGAGAAAGAGGGGGGCAGCUGGAAGAUUAUUAAGCCAUUGUACUUGAACAGCGGGGCAUAUAGUUUCACAGCCUUUGGAGGAGUUCCUGCUAUGGAGAUACGCUUCAAUGAGGACUCCCGCCCCUACCCGUUUGUCAACACCCCAUUGGACACCUCCGGGCGACUCCAGGAAGUCCUGGGGGGUCGUCUGGGGGUCGUAGGGCGGAGCCUAGGAGAGCUGGUUGGUCUGAUGGUGCUGCGAUUGGCUCACGACCACAUCCUGCCUCUACGCAUCACUACCUACUCCCAUACUGCACUGCAGUUCAGCGCCCAGCUCAACAAGCACUCUGUCGAGCUACAGGCUCGUGGUCUCUCUCCUCAGUGGGUGUUCAGUGCUAGAGGAGACUACAGCAGAGCAGCUGAGACCCUGCAGGAGGCCAUACUGAACUCUGAUGUACAGGACGAGACUAUGACACGUAUCUACAACACACGCAUGAUGAGGGUAGAGUAUUACUUCCUGUCCCAGUACGUGUCUGUGGUUGAGACUCCGUUCCGUCACGUUUUGCACGGUCGGGGGGAACACACUCUGAGUGCUCUCACCGAACACCUUUCUCUACUGACCUCCGACCCCAGGCGCUUCAACGAGGCUCUUUUCCGACGGCAACUAGCCCUGUUCACCUGGACACUGCAGGGAGCCGCCAACGCUCUGAGUGGAGACAUUUGGAACAUAGACAAUGUCUUCUAACAUAAACACAUGUAGAGAUGCAUACACACACACACACUAUACACACACACACACAUUACACUCACACUAUACAAACUCUAUCUCACCUCUCUGUCCUGUCAGUAUUUCUGGUGUAGGCAGACAGACACCUCUCUGUCCUGACAGUAUUUCUGGUGUAGGCAGACAGACACCUCUCUGUCCUGUCAGUAUUUCUGGUGUAGGCAGACAGACACUUCUCUCUCUUCUCUGAGGGGGUGUGUCUAAUUAAUCUGAAGAUGAGUCUCAAAUGGCACACUGUUCAUUAUGUAGUCUACUGCAUAGGGCUCUAUUCCAGUCUACUGCAUAGGGCUCUAGUCUAGUAUACUAUAGGGCUCUAUUCCAGUCUACUGCAUAGGGCUCUAUUCCAGUCUACUGCAUAGGGCUCUAGUCCAGUCUACUUCAUAGUGCUCUAUUCCAGUCUACUGCAUAGGGCUCUAGUCCAGUCUACUGCAUAGGGCUCUAUUCCAGUCUACUGCAUAGGGCUCUAGUUUCAGUCUACUUCAUAGUGCUCUAUUCCAGUCUACUGCAUAGGGCUCUAGUCCAGUCUACUGCAUAGGGCUCUAUUCCAGUCUAAUGCAUAGAGCUCUAUUCCAGUCUACUGCAUAGGGCUCUAUUCCAGUCUACUGCAUAGGGCUCUAUUCCAGUCUACUGCAUAGGGCUCUAGUCCAAUCUACUGCAUAGGGCUCUAGUCUAGUAUACUAUAGGGCUCUAGUCCAGUCUACUGCAUAGGGCUCUAGUCUAGUAUACUAUAGGGCUCUAGUCUAGUAUACUAUAGGGCUCUAUUCCAGUAUACUGCAUAGGGCUCUAUUCCAGUCUACUGCAUAGGGCUCUAGUCUAGUAUACUAUAGGGCUAUAUUCCAGUCUACUGCAUAGGGCUCUAUUCCAGUCUACUUCAUAGUGCUCUAUUCCAGUCUACUGCAUAGGGCUGUAGUCCAGUCUACUGCAUAGGGCUCUAUUCCAGUCUACUGCAUAGGGCUCUAGUCCAAUCUACUGCAUAGGGCUCUAGUUUAGUAUACUAUAGGGCUCUAGUCCAGUCUACUGCAUAGGUCUCUAGUCUAGUAUACUAUAGGGCUCUAGUCUAGUAUACUAUAGGGCUCUAUUCCAGUCUACUGCAUAGAGCUCUAUUCCAGUCUACUGCAUAGAGCUCUAUUUAGGUCUACUGCAUAGGGCUCUAUUCCAGUCUACUGCAUAGGGCUCUAUUCCAGUCUACUGCAUAGGGCUCUAGUCCAGUCUACUGCAUAGGUCUCUAGUCCAGUCUACUGCAUAGGGCUCUAUUCCAGUCUACUGCAUAGGGCUCUAUUCCAGUUUACUGCAUAGGGCUCUAGUCCAGUCUACUGCAUAGGUCUCUAGUCCAGCCUACUGCAUAGGGCUCUAGUCCAGUCUACUGCAUAGGGCUCAAGUCCAGUCUACUGCAUAGGGCUCUAUUCCAGUCUACUGCAUAGAGCUCUAUUCCAGUAUACUGCAUAGGGCUCUAGUCCAAUCUACUGCAUAGAGCUCUAUUCCAGUCUACUGCAUAGGGCUCUAUUCCAGUCUACUGCAUAGAUCUCUAUUUCAGUAUACUGCAUAGGGCUCUAUUCCAGUCUACUGCAUAGGGCUCUAUUCCAGUCUCCUGCAUAGUGCUCUAUUCCAGUCUACUGCAUAGGGCUCUAGUCUAGUAUACUAUAGGGCUCUAUUCCAGUCUAUUGCACAGGGCUCUAUUCCAGUCUACUGCAUAGGACUCUAUUCCAGUCUACUGCAUAGUGCUCUAUUCCAGUCUACUGCAUAGAGCUCUAUUCCAGUCUACUGCAUAGUGCUCUAUUCCAGUCUACUGCAUAGGGCUCUAGUCCAGUCUACUGCAUAUGGCUCUAUUACAGUCUAGUGUACUACAUAGGGCUAUAGUCUAGUAUACUAUAGGGCUCUAGACCUGUCUAGUGUUCUAUAUAUAGUGUACAGGGUGUUAUGUGGGAUUGCUCGUGAGCGUUAAUCUGUGUGAUUCUUUAGUAUUUCCUCUCCAUGACGACCUGGUUGCUCCUCCAUGGCUGAUCCCCAAAUGGCUCCCUAUUGCCUUUAUAGUGCACUAUAUGACACCCUGGUAAUGAGUGUAGUGCACUCUAUAUGGAAUAGGGUACCGUUGGGACUCACCCUGUAGGAUCCUGUUACUUCUAUAGACACUGACCUAGGAUCAGUUGUACUCUCUCUGCCUGGUGGUCAGGCUUAGAGUGGUGCAGGGUGAUCUGGUUCUAGAUCAGCCCUUAGGGUUAGUAACAACCUCCAAUAACAGUGAUUAUCAGUGACUCCCAUGUACAGUACUCUCCUCCAAUCAAACAGCAGUAUCUGCUAUCAAUCAACCCUCAUGUCACAAACCCGGGAGUGGGGCUUAAAUGGUGAAGGUGAGAGGUCAAGCCAGGUGACCUGAUUUGUUCAAUGGAGCCUGGGUAUUAUUUUGCUGAUGCCUCCCUUUCUCUGAGAAUGACCUUAGAACCCUGACCUCCUUGUUUGUGACAUCACAGGUCACUGCCUAGCCAGUGUUGUUGAGGACUGUGUUAUGCUACUUUGUCCCAAUAAAGUAUUGUCUUCUUGGAUCAUAA